ACUACUGUAGAUGCUCCAGUGAAGAUGCCAGGUGUACUGACGUUCAGGUCAUGUUUACUGCUUUUAGCUGUAGUUUUCCGACUCGGAACAACGGCAGAGGUCUCCGUAUGGAAGGUGGACAUCAACUCGACGCAAGAUGCCGUGUUUCGGAAGACGCUGUACGCCAACACAACCAUCUUCAUGAGGUUCCAGGGUGACACAGCAUUAUGUGACAGAAACCUGGCCUACAACAUCAGCUGGUACCUGCGCUCCUCUGUUUGCUACAACGAGGUCUUUAACACACCUGACAACAAAGCGAUGAACAUGUUUGGUAUGGAUCACAUGUUGAAGGACGGCUGGAGCGGCUUCUACAGUCAGGGCUACAUGUACUUCGACAACUGCUCCUCCCUCUUCUUACCAAAGGUGUACUAUCCGUACUUCAACCCCUAUCAGCCCCUCAGUAGCCCAAAGAGUGACCCAUCCAAUCAGAGCCUCGUUUGGCCCGACAAGCCGGAUAUCGGUGCAGUAGCCAAAGCUUGGGAGGACAGUCCAUACCUGUUCAUCGUGAAGGUGCAGCCUUUGUUUAGAGGAGUGGAGGAUGAAGAUGUGGAGGCAGAGCAGCUCAACUUUGCUUUCACAAUGAAAGUUGAAAUGAAAGGACCACACGAUUACUCUUCUCCAGCAGACUGGCCUCUGAUGAUGUUCUUCAUGGUCAUGUGCAUCGUGUACGUCCUGUUCGGCGCUCUCUGGCUCCUGUGGUGUGCGUGUUAUUGGAGAGAUCUGCUGAGGAUCCAGUUCUGGAUCGGUGCGGUCAUCAUCCUCGGCAUGCUGGAGAAAGCGGUGUUUUACUCCGAGUACCAGAGUAUCCGCUACAAAGGAGACUAUGUUCAAGGUGCUGUAAUUUUUGCCGAGCUGCUCUCUGCACUCAAAAGAUCUCUCGCCCGGAUCUUAGUCCUCAUUGUCAGUCUUGGUUAUGGCAUAGUCAGGCCAAGGUUGGGCACUACAGUUCACCGACUGGUAGCGGUUGGUCUUCUCUACCUGAUCUUCUCCUCUGUGGAAGGAGUGCUGAGAGUGACUGGUGGUUUCUAUGGGACGGUUGCCCUGGUGGCUAAUCUCAGCCUCUCCCUCAUCGACUCCUGUGUCAUGUGGUGGAUUUUCAUCAGUCUGUCUCAAACCACUCGCCUCCUGAAGCUCCGCAGAAACGUGGUGAAGCUCUCCUUGUAUCAGCACUUCACCAACACUCUCAUCUUCUCUGUAGUUGCCUCCAUCAUCUUCAUCAUCUGGACCACCAAAGUCUUCAAGCUGGUGGACUGUCAGAGGCAGGGCUGGAGGGACUUGUGGGUGGACGAUGCCUUCUGGCGUCUGCUGUUCUCCACCAUCCUGCUGGUCAUCAUGGUGCUGCUGCGGCCCUCCGCGAACAGUCAGAGGUUUUCUCAUUCUCCUCUGAUUGAUGAAGAUGAUGAAGAAGAAGAGGCAAAGGAGCCCAUGCUGAAUGAGGCGUUUGAGGGAAUGAAGAUGAGAGGCUCAAAGCCCGACACAAACGGCUCCCAGAAACUGCUGAGUAAAGAGGAUGAAGACCUGAAAUGGGUUGAGGAGAACAUUCCUACAACUGUGGCUGAUGUAGCGCUCCCUGUGAUGCUAGAUGAAGAAGAGGAAAUCCUUAAAACCAAGAUGGAGAGAUCCAAAAUGGAGUAGGAGUGAAUUCAAGGAGAAAAUGUGAGAAUUAAAAAGAAAGUUAUUUCACUGAGGCAGCAAUGAAUGCGUUCUGAGUGAUCUGGUUACCAAAAAAAUGUGGGCAAAGCCAGCCUUUUCCUCCACAAACAUCUCAUCUCAAGAUUUAUUUCACAGGUAUCACAUGUGUAACACUGGACUAAGCUCUAAUAAGCAUGGUUGAUGUGUGAUAAUGAAAAGGAAAUACUGUGCAACCCAGAACUUUGUUGAUGCAAAGAUUCUUGGAUGAGAGUGAAACUGAAGAAAGGAGCACUUUCAUAAAUAUUUAAUGUGUUUUAAGGAUGUCCUUUAGGGACAGAGACAUGGACAAAAUCAUUCAGAGACUGUGCACGAUAGUGGAAAACAAUAUUUAUAAAGAUCCUCUGUCAUAGUUUUAGAUGAAUCACAAUAUUUAACAGGGCGUGUGCUUUCUUUCCCUCCUGUGUUUAUGCAGGACUCAUGUUUGGGUUCAUUGACUCAGCCAUGAAAUCUACGGUGGCCCUCAGAGCUAUGAUUCUGCAGUUUUUAGAUAGAAUAUGCAUCAAAUAAAGUGUCAGAAAAAAACAAUCUUGAAAAAAUGUGCAGUACUGGGAAAUUCUGCACAAUAAUCAAAUGACACAAUGCAAACAAGAUGAGGCAUUUUCGCAUUCCCCAUCAUAUCAAUUAAUAUAAUUUCUUAACCAACUUGUGUUUGGUGUAUUUGCAUGUUCAUUUAAAUUACAGGGUUUUGAGCUUUUAUGGCCACCGUAGAAAUCAGUUUAUAAAAAUAGAGAAGAAGAAAAAGGUGCAUUACUGUGAAUAAUGAAAAUCUACUCAAGCCAUCUCUACCCAUUUAAUGAGACAGGUGUUCUGCCAUAAACAAUGAGAAAAUAAUUUAAUUCAGUGUGUGUUAUCACAUUUUUUUUAUUUAACCUUUAUUUAACCAGAUAAAGACCCACUGAGAUCAAGAUCUCUUUCACAAGGGUGACCUGGCCAAGAGGUCAGCAGCACACUUCAUAAUAAAUAGUACAUAUUUAAGAGACAGAUCAUAAACCAUAUGUUGAAACAAACAAAAAUUAAGAAUUAGAGCUAGAUCCCAUUUUACAGUGCAGUUGUAGGAAUCACAUUAAUAAUUGAAAACACAAUCACUGUUCCGUGGUCUCUUUUUAAUAUCCAAAAAGUUACGAACUGCUUAUUCUGUGUUGAAUAGGCAGAAACGGAAUGCUACAUGUCAAAACUUGGUAAAAGUGACUGGAAAACAUGUUUUUUCUUCAUCAGUGAAGAUUUCUAGCAGCUGCAACAAAAAAUACAGCUGUGUUACUGUGAACUCUCAAGAAACGGUCGUCAUUAAGUUGAUAAAUAAUGAAUAUAGAAAUAAAUAGGCUAAACAGUUACAUAUAGAGCGUGCAUUAAAGAGUAGGAAUGCACAAUAUUUGAUUCAUGCCAAUUUUUAAUAACUGAUCUGUCUCUGAUACUGAUGUAUAAAUGUUGAGACCUAACCUCCAAUUGUCACAUACAACGGUGACACUGCAAACCGACAAAUCACGCCGCCGAGCAAAUGAGAAUGAAUAAACUUCAGCUGACGCAGGUCUGUUGGUCCUGCAAAUUUAUUCAAACAUACAGCCAAUGUUUACAUCCAAUAAACCAGUUGUAAACAUUGGUAGAAAUGUUCUUAUCUGCCAAUAUUGAUAAUUAACUUUAUAAGCUAGUAUCUGCCAAUACUGAUAUCUUGAUGAUAAUAUGCAUCCCUAGUACUAAGUCCUAAAACUCAGACAGGUUCUGUUCCACUAUCUCAAAGUCUAUGGGAUUUUUUAAACUAGUUUUAGGUUAAACACCUGAAUUAAGGUUUGUGAUAAACACAGGCAUUAGAGAUUUUAACCUGAGUUUCCGGUAGACUUGUUUGUCUCUGGCCAAAAUGACCAGCAGUCCUCAAGAAUUACGAACAUUUAGAACAACUACCAGACAUCUGCUUUAGAUAAGUUUUAGAUAACCUGCAUGUAAUGGCAGUAAAACAUACAAAUCAGAAACCCUAGGACAGGGCCUCAUGUCUGUACUACAGUGGGACUGGGGGCACAUUUUUCUCUCUGAACCUGACCCAUGACAGGGACAGUAGAAGCUGAGUCGACAGUAAAUCCUGAGUCAUUGUUACCCUGUUAUUACCUAGCAUGACCAGAGCUUGAAAACGACUGCAGAAAGAGAUUAUUUUCUUUGAUUGGCAGAUUUUUCACCUGGACGAUUGGCAGUUUAUAUUUUUAUCUGCUGUAAAACUGCCUGUGAAACCGGCCAAAAACUGGUAAAUACCAGCUAACGGACUCUCAGAUUUGAACGCUUUUUUUCCUAUAAGAUAAAACACAUCUGGAAGUGCCCCACUUGUGAAUUUUAUAGCUUUGUCACAUCUAACUAAAGGUCACACAGGUUUUUUACCCAAUCAAGGAAGAGCGGUUCAGACAGCUAAAAAUGUGACCCCAGUAUGACAGGUUUAAGUCUUUAUAGACAAUAAAACCAUGUUUGAUUCUCUUUCAUGGCCCUUGGAAAAAAACCCUAUCCUAACAAUUUUCUGAAACAAGUAGUCACAAACCUGAAACUGAAGAUCAGUUUGGGCUAGGAUGUUUAUUUUUUCCACAUUUUACAUAACAGCUGUGAUUUGGGUCCAUUUCACGUUACCUCUAAGAGAAGCUAUUUUUGGCUCCUGAAUCACAGACUCCACUGAUAAACCUCACAUUAGUGGUUUUGGCCUAAACUUAAUCCUACCUGUGAUUUACUAUAUGUAUGUAAUGCUUUCACACUCGCUGUCCACUAACUGGGCCACAGCUUUGUUAAGAUUUCACCAAAAAUCAGUAGCACAAAGUAGUUAAAAAAAUAAUGAAAUAACAGAUUUCACUCUGUAGAUUCUUUGAGCCUCUUACUCACGUUUUAAGAUAAACUCGCCUUAACUGGCAGCAUUAUAACUCCGUCCUUGUGCAAUCUACUACAGAAUGUGUGGAUAUUCUAAAUUAAUAAUUUAUGUUGUUUUAUUUGUCCAUGUGUUUUUAAGGAUGUUUUAUUUCAGAGAGAAUCUAAUGCCCAAUUUUAAGGAUGUGUCUGCUUUGUAAUGUGAAGCUGAAGAUAUUGUAUGGCUUUUUGCGUAUGUCCUGCAAAUAAAAUUUAUAUUGAAACAUG